AUGGGGAUGAAAGGAGAUUCAGAAGGUUGUCUGUGUAUCUGUGUAUCUGUCCUUCUGUCCAUCUACUUGCCUGUCUAUGCGCGUAGUCGGUCGUUUUUCCUUUUUUUUUCUAUUAUCAAUCAGUCAAUGGUGAUUGGGGGAUAUGAACAAAAGUAUGAACAAAAGUAUGAACAAAAGUAUGAACAAAAGUAUGAACAAAAGUAUGAACGAGAAGUACGAACAAAGUAUGAUGAACAGAAAUUUCCGUCCAAAAGCCCUGAUGCUCUACCUUUUUCAGCUUUCUUUCAACCAUUUAAACAGCUCUACAGUGUUGUGAGUUGUGACCAGUGGGGUUAUUCAGAGUAA